AUGGAUAUUGCAGGGCAGAAACUUGAUGAAAGGAUCUAUUUUUGGCAUGCUGAGAUUCUAUUUAAAAAGGUUCCAUUUUAUGUGUGUAACGUUGAUGGCUGCAGGUGUGAGGCUGGGCGCAGCUGGGCAGCGGGAGGAGAGUUCGGGCGCAGGCUGAGCGAAGCGCUGCGGUGCAGCACGGAGCUCGGGGUGCGUUUCAGCUGUGAUUUAUUUCAUUUCAGCGUAGGUGAGACGUGUUGCCAUUGGGGUCUCCCUGUGCCAGCAGCGACUGCCGCAGUAAGCCGUAGGCGGGACGAGCACGCCCGUGUCCCACGCGCCCUGCUGGCAGCAGUGCGGCCGGCCGUGCCGUGCGGUGCUCUCUGUGUCGUUGGCCACCAGCGCGGUGCCCCGCCGCGUGCUGCAGCGUGUCGGUGCUGUGCUGUGCUGUGCUGUGUUGCGCUCCGUGCCGGCGCACGGCUGCGCUUCGCCUUUCUUCUGCAUCCCUGUAACAACCGCCGCGUUCCCGCUGUGUACGCAAGCAGCGCUGCUCCCUUAGCGUUAGAGGCCUUAAGUGCGUGUGCUGUUGAACGUGUCCGGGCCCCGAGCCCCGUCCGUGUUUCCGCCGGUCCUGCCGCCUCGCCAUUUUAUGCACAUGUUGUUCCGAGGCCUAAAUACAGAGGCAGAAGGACACAGCUGUGUGCGUCUGUGUGUGUGUUUGCUGCCGCGCCGCCCCGGGCCCGCACAGCCCACGUGCCGUCACGCGGCCACCGCCGCGCCGCGCUGGGGGACGCGCCGUCCCACCCGGCGUCAGGCCGAGGCCCGCGGCCCCUUCCCCGGCGGGCUCCGGCGGCUCCGCCCGUCCGGCACAGGGCGCGGCCCCGCGGCCGAAGAUGGCGCCGUGCGCCCCGCGGGGGGCGGCGCCCGCCCGUCCCGUGA